GGAGCCGGCCGCCGCCACUCCCGGCCCUGCUGCCGCCGCCGCCGGAGCUCCGCGGUGCCGCCGCUGCCGCUCCCCAGCGCCAUGCCCGCAGACACGGGCCCGGAGAAGCCCACCGCCUCGCCCAUCGCCGGGGCGCCGGCCACCGCUAGCCACACGCCGGACAAGCCCCGGAGCGCCAGCGAGCACCGCAAGGUAAAUGGCGGGGCCCGGCCGGCGCGCAGCGGCGGUGGAUGGCGGCGAGCAGGCGGCCGUGCUGAGUCCUCCAAGCCCAUCAUGGAGAAGCGGCGCCGGGCGCGCAUCAACGAGAGCCUGGGGCAGCUGAAGACGCUCAUCCUGGACGCGCUGAAAAAAGACAGCUCGCGGCACUCCAAGCUGGAGAAGGCGGACAUCCUGGAGAUGACGGUGAAGCACCUGCGGAACCUGCAGCGGGCGCAGAUGACGGCGGCGCUCAGCGCCGACCCCACGGUGCUGGGCAAAUACCGGGCUGGCUUCAACGAGUGCAUGAACGAGGUGACCAGGUUCCUCUCCACCUGCGAGGGGGUCAACGCCGACGUCCGUACCCGCCUGCUCGGCCACCUCUCGGCUUGCCUGGGGCAGAUCGUGGCCAUGAACUACCCGCCGCCGCCUCCUCCGCCGCCCGCCGGGCAGCCGGCGCAUCUGGCACAGCCGCUGCACGUCCAGCUGCCGCCCGCCGCCGGAGCCGUGCCCGUGCCCUGCAAGAUGAACCCCGCCGAAGCCUUGUCCCCCAAGGUUUAUGGGGGUUUCCAGCUCGUCCCGGCCACCGACGGCCAAUUCGCCUUCCUCAUCCCCAACCCAGCCUUCCCGCCCGGCUCCGGACCGGUGAUCCCCCUCUACGCUAACGCCAACGUCCCCGUGUCUGCAGGAGGAGGAGGAGGAGGAUCUGGGAAUGCAUCCGCCACCCCGUCGGCGUCCCCGGUGCAGGGCUUGACAUCAUUUGGGGGCAGCAUUGUGCCGGCGUCCCAGGCGGGGAGCCCGGUCGCAGAGCGCAGCGAAUCCGUCUGGAGGCCUUGGUGACUUGCCCAGAGCAAAAAGGCACGAAACUCUGCUUGGCUCCGUUGUAUGGAGCCCUGUUAUGGUUGGGUUUUUCUUUUUUCAAAAAAAAAAAAAGGAAUGGAGGAUUUUAAAAAAAAAAAAAGGACCUCGAUAUGAACGUGCUAUUUAUUAUUUUCAGAGGUUGGGAUCUCGACUUGUAUUUUUACUCCUUUGAAAUGCCUUUAUUUGAGAUACUUUUUUUAAGAAAAAGAAAUAAAUGAGAAAUAGUUUUGUAACAAAUAUUCAAAAAGUAUAAUGCCAAAGUUGUUUGUAUCCCGUUUGUCUGUGUGUGUGUUGCGUGCCUGUGUUGGAGACUUCCAAAAAAAAAAAAAUGCAGGUGUUUAAAUAAACUCUUUGAAAUA